CUGCCCCGGCAGCGCCGGGCGUCCGCGUCCCCCCGCGUCCCCGGCGGCGAGCGCGCGCGUGGCCGCGGCACGGGCGUCCGGGCCGGGCGGGGCGCGGCGGGGCGGCGCGGCGCGGCGGGGCGGCACCAGCCGCGCGGAGAAAACAGCCCCGGGCGCCGCGGCGGCACUCGCGCCCGCGCAGGUGGAGGCGGCUCCCGGCGGCGGCGCAGCCAGGGCCGCUCGGCGGCGGGGGCCGGCGGCGCUGCCCGCGGGCGAGGCCGGCCGGGCGCCCCCAUGGGCUGGGCGUCCCGCGCGGGCCGCGAUCGGCAGUGCCCGGCGCCGCGGGACGGCGGAGCGGCGGCCGCAUGGCUCCGCCGUGCCCGGCCGCCGACCGACGCGAGGCGGCGCGGCCGCGGCGGGGCGCGGCGCGGCGGGCGGGGAGCGCGGUGGCGGACGAGCUGGCCAACGCGGCCGCCCGCGGCGACCUGCAGCGCGUGAGGGAGCUGCUGGACGGCGCGGCGGACCCCAACGCCGUCAACUCCUACGGCCGGACCCCCAUCCAGGUGAUGAUGCUGGGCAGCCCGCGGCUGGCCGAGCUGCUGCUGCAGCGCGGAGCCGACCCCAACCGCGCCGACCCGCGCACCGGCUGCUUCCCGGCGCACGACGCGGCCCGCGCCGGCUUCCUGGACACGCUGGCGGCGCUGCACCGCGCCGGGGCGCGCCUCGACCUGCCCGACGGCCGCGGCCGCCUCCCCCUCGACGUGGCGGCGGGGGGCCCGCACGGCCCCGUGGGCCGCUACCUCCGCCGCCCCCCGCCGCCCCCCGCCGCGCCCGCCCGCAGCCCCCCGCGCGGACCCCCCGACGCCGGCCCCUAACUUGCUGCCCGCGCCCCGCUCCCGAGGCCGUCGGGGCGGGUAGCGCCGCCCGGGCGGGACCCCCAGGGCGCCCUUCCCCACGCGGACGCGCCGCGGAGCAGCGCAGAGGGCGUGUUUCACGCUGGGCGCUUUGCACCUGCCCGCGCCGGCUUGCCGCCACGCUACGCGCCCCUCUGCGCGCCCCUCUCGGGCCAGAGUCCGGACACGAUGAAGAAACCAACGCGAAGGAAACGCCCGCGGACGACGCAAAACCCCCCUCGUGCCGUCUGGGCGCUCUGGGCGCUCUGCGCCCCGCAGGUCGCCCGAGGGGGCGGCGGGAAGCCGGGCCCUCCGCCGGGAGGGGCGGGAGAGGCUGGGGGCUCUGCUGGGCCCGACCCGGCUGCUCCCGACCUGGUUUUGGUUUAAGCUAACUCGGACUCACGGCGCUAAGCCCGAUCGCUGUCUCUUCCUAGCAAAACCGGCUGGGACAGCGGGGAAUUAAAGCUUCCUGGUGCGAUCGCGGCUUUCGCAAGUACCUUCUCAAAACCACGUAAAAGGCUGUGCAUGUCUGUGCAUGGGCCCGUGGCGCAUCCGUGGCUCGUCUCACAAAGGCAGUGUUAGUAAACAUGGGACCUGGAAGGAGAAAAUAAGGCAUAAUGUGCGUCUCUGCAAGCCCGAGAUCGCCCUCGCUCGAAGCGAAGGGCGUUUUAGCAACUUAGCAGGUGACCUUCCCCGAGUUAAUUGAAGUUUAACAAUAUUUUCGAAAGAAAUCGUGACGGUUACAAAACGAGGGCUUCGCGGCGCCGAAAAUUAAAAAUUGGACGUCGAAACUUAGCCCCAGGGUUUCCUCGGGCUGCUCCGAUGCGGCACAUUUGGCCAAGAAGAAAUCAAGGCAGAAAGCAACGACUGCGUCGCAAGGACUGCGCUCCCGGGGCGGGGGGGCCUUUGCUUUCCCCUCUGAUCGUUUCAGACCUGGUGCAUAUUUCACCGGCUGCCCCGGCAUGAGGAAGCUGGGAGCUGGCUCAGAGAAGGCAACAAGCCACGGGAAAGUCCUCCCCCGCCCCCGGCAGCCCCCGGCGAGACCUGCCUCCCGCAUCGCCCCUGCGGUGCGGCCGCGCUCCGGCCCCCAGGCCGCGGCGGGGAGAGGAGGCGCCCGGGCGGGCAGGACGGCGAGAAACGAAGUAAAGACCGCGUCUGCAGCCCGGGCGGCGGGAGCUGCUGCCGGAGGAGCAGGAAACCCCGGCGAGGCAGAGCGAGCGCGGAGGACGGGGCCGCCGGAGCUUGCAUCCCUCUGCGUUACCGCUUCUAACGCGUUAGGGGCAGGGAAAGGGAGGCGGGGGGGGGGGGGGGGGGCACAGACAGCGCCCUCGUUUUACUCCGCGGGCUAAACCCCAAGCGCUUUGCAGGGCCAGCCGUGGGGAACGAAAGGGAAAAAAACUGCUUUUCGAUCCGCAUCCUCGGUCUUCGACUACAGUACUUGAUAUUUCCUACAUAAACAAUAAUAUCAUAUGCUAUUAUAAUAUUUAACUUAUUAUAAUAUAUGAUUUAUUAUAAUAUAAUUUGUUGCCGUGCUGGUAUGAUUAUUUCACGAAAGCUGGUAAUCUCUAUACACGUAUGGUUAUGCCGUUUAUAUAUGCAAUGCAUAUAGGUAAGACAUACAGAAUAUGUAUUUAUGUAAAAUGUAUUAAGUAUAAUUAUGUAUUAAAAAUAUCUGCUUAUCGAUUA